AGGAGUCCAACCCAAGUCACGAAAAUAGAUAUCAAGACUAUACCACGAGUCUGCAAGCUUUCUAGAACCCAUCAGUAUCUUGGAGACCAAGAGUUAUGAAUAAUUUCAGUACAGAUAAAUGGCGACCUAUGGUCAUUUCAAAUCCAUCAUCACGAUUACGAGUAGCUCGUUCCAUGCCACAUUGGGUGCUGGCACAACAGCAAAAGGAUGAAGAAAAAUCAAUGAAAGAACCACCUCCAAUUCCUAAAAUUCCUCCACCAUCAUUAACAGGAGAUUGUGGUGAUCCCGAUUAUGAAGUCAUUGAAUUUCCACCACGACCACCAAAUAAUAAAAUUCCAUCUAAAAAUACAUUAUCCAAUACCAAUACACAAAAAAAUAAUAAUAAUAAUAAUAAUAAUAUUUCAAAAAAUAUUAUCUUUGGAAAAUGUGCCCUAUGUGGCACUGAGAAAGUAACAAUAAGAUGUGACUUUUGUAGAGAAAAUUAUUGUGACGUAUGCGAUGAGAUGAAUCACAAACAUCCUAAACGAAAAAAUCACAAUAGACGAAAACUUGAAAUUGAUGCUGGGGGUCGAGUAAAACCACCACUUCCGCCAAAGGGAGAAAAUUCAAUGAAUCCACCACCUGUUCCACCACCACGACGAAAUCGUAGAAACACACAGGUAAAAGCAAUAAUAAAUCAAGGGGUUGCAAAUUUUCCCCUAUCGAUCGAUAAAGCAGCAAGUUUAAAAAGAAAUUCGAUCAAUGCAACAAGACCACUGCCAUCGAUUCCAGAUAAUCGUUCAAAAAGUCCUCUUUUGACGCAAACAACAACAACAUCAGUUGGAACAGAUAAAAUGUCAACACUUCAGGAAAGAUAUAGGAGAUAUCAGGAAGCAAUGAGAGCCCAGGAUACAAAUAGAAGAAGACCACCACAUUCAGAUUCAUCAAGGGAAACAAUGAGUCCUAAACCAAUGAGCAGUCCAAGGCAUAGUUUAACAUCCUCUCCAUCAUUGCCUGUUAGAAAUAUUAUGCAAUCAGCUAGUGUUUGUGAUUUAUCAGCUCCAAAUAUGUGGAACUCCGAAAUGCAACAAGCACAAUCAUUAGCACAAUUAGCAUCGCCAAUGAUUUGGUAUCCAAAUCCUUGGGAGCCAACAUUGAGUGGAUCAACAAUGAGUCUUAAUCAUUUACCAAUGUGGGGUUAUCCAAUGGGUUAUCCUCAACCUCAAAUGCUACUUCAUAAUCCAGCAACUUUAUCACGAUCGCACAGUCCUGCUCGCAGUAUUAAAUCAAGCAGAAGAUCUAGACAAGCAUCACCAUCGCAAAGUAUAAAAUCGAGAAAAUCAACAGCCUAUAGAUCGAGAAGAAGAAUAUCUCCCAAUUCCGAUGCGAGUUCAGAAAAUUCCGAUGAUUCUGAAUUUGAUGAUAGACUUUCGCGUGGUUCACGAAGAAAAAUUCAUGAUAUUUCUAGAAAUAAAUUAAAAACCAACAAUGAAGACAGAAAUAAAUCUCUACUUUCAAGACAUCGAAGAGAUGGUUGGAGAUCUGAGGAUCGAAUAAAUAGCGCCGAUGAUGGAUGGUCGGAAAAAUUAUCAAAACAAAAUUGGUCAUCAUCGAGAAAUUUAAAAGAUUCAACUAGAUCAUCUAAAAAAUACCAACACGAAGAUUCACCAAGAUUUAGAACAUCAUCAUCGUUACAGGAAGAUGAAUCAUCAUCGAAUAAUCAAAGAGAUCACAGAAGACGUCAUCGUGAAUUAAGUACAGACGAUGAUAGAAUUAAUAGAAGAAGAAGACCAUCAAAAAUUACAAGUUCAUCAGAAGACUAUACGGAUCGUAAUGAACGAUUGUCAGAACAAAAAGAAAGACAACACAAAUUACAAGAGCUUGAAAAUCGUCUUCAUCAAGAAAAAUUAAAAAUAAAUCCUCAUAAAAGAUCAUCAUCUCUUGAUCGGGAGAUUAAAAAAGAAUUUGUUAAAACUCAAAGUCAUUUGAAACAAGAACAAAUAAAUUCUAAUUUUCAAACAUCAAACAAUAAACCACUAACAGACAAACAAAUUGCUCAAGAAAAUAAUAAUAAAAUUCAAAUAUUAACAAAUCAAGAAAUAAAGAAAGAAACAAAAACAGAAAAAACAAUUGAAAUUGUUCAAGAAAUAAACAAAAAAAUAAAUACAAAAUCAGAAAAAUGGGCUUGCGAACAUUGUACCUUCAUCAAUGAAGCUAAGGAACGUGUUUGUAUUGUUUGUUGUAAAACACGAAGCAGUGCACUUCCACCUCCUUCUUGUUCUCCAAUUCCAGAAACAACAAAUGAUUCAUCAAUUAUUUUACCAACAAAUGAAAAAACUAUCAAUUCAUCAAAAAUUAUAGAAGAAAAAUUGAAUAAUCUAAAAUUAUCACCAGUUGAAGAGAACAUCAGUGAUGUCAGUACAACUAAGAAAAAAGGUCUAGAAAUUGAAACUGAGAAUACAGACUGCAAUGCAACAGAAAUAAAUUCAUCAGCAAACAAUGAAAUUACAAAAGAAAUAUCACCAAAUGUAUCGCUAAACAAAUCAAAUAUUGAUUCUAAUAAUGAACCAAUGACAAUUAAUUCCAAACUAGCCAUUGAUAGGACAACAAAAGAUAAUGAAGCAAAUCAAAAGGAUGAUAAUUUGGAAAAAUUUACUCAACCUGAAGAAACUGAGUUAGAAAGCAAAAAUACCGAAUCAUUAACAGAUGAAGGGAAAACUGUUUCAACUGGAACAUCACCACCACCACAAGAUAUGUCUACUCAGACUUAUGAGGAAACAAUUUUUAAAGACAACAAGAGCCCAUUAAAAUCCAGUUUUUCCAACAAUUCUGUACAAUGUGAUGACAAUGACUCUGAGGACAGCAGAUUUAUCAACAACCCUGACCCUUAUGUUCACCACCACAAAAAUAAUAAUUAUCAAUCUUUAUUAUACGGAAGAGAUCGAAUUACAUCAAUAGGCAAUUCUCCUCAUCUACAAUAUUACUAUAUGGAACCAAAUCAAUCAAUAUUUAGUGAUUCAGGUGGUAAUUCAGUUCAAGGUAUGUCAACAUUAACUCGUCAGGGUUUAGAAAUUGUUCAAUUAUUACGUGAGGCCGAAAAACGUGGCUUUUCAACUGAUGAUGUUCAAGUUGCAUUAGCGCAAGAUGAACAAAAUCCAAUUGAAUGGUUAACAACACAAUGGCCACAUUUAGUGGAGACAGUACAAAUUUUGGCAUCAUCACAAGGUCAAGAGCAAACGGAAAAUUGCGUUAGAAAUGUUUCAACAACAGAAGCUAAAAUUGCAUUAAGAUUAUCCAAAGGUGAAUUAUGGAAUGCCGUUGGUCAUGCUAUUCAACUACGUCAACAUAAAUGCCAUAGUAUUAUGUCCAAGGGCUCUUUUACCUUAAUGGAUGUAGUCAAUGCACUUAAUAAGAAUGGAGGAAUUGAGGAAGUUGCACUUCUUGAAUUACAAAAGUCUCAGCUAAAACCUUUUCUAAUGAGAAUUUGGGGUCCAUCCACUGGUGUGGAGAAUGAUGAGAUUGCAACUCAUCAUGAAGGAAAAAUUUGUUCAUCAAGUGAUUCAGAAGGAAGUACUAAACAGAUUGAGGAUGAAUUGGACUCAGAAGAUAAGAAGCAGAGAGUUGCACGUCAAUUAUUAGCAGAGGGUCGAGUUGCAAAUUAUAAUGAAGCCGAAAUAGCAGCAACAUUAAUGGCACUUAAAUUUAGUGAUUUAGAGGCAUUACUUGCAGCAAAAGAAUGUUCCAGUGUUGAAUCAGCAUUAGCAUUUUUACAACAAGAAUGUGAAUUAUGCACAAAUCGUUUAUCAAUGAAUGAGAUGAUAUCAAUGCUUAAAUGUACUCAUCGUUGUUGUACUGAUUGUGCAAAAAAUUAUUUCACCAUUCAAAUAAGCGAUCGAAGUAUAACAGAUGCUGUAUGUCCAUAUUGUAAACAACCUGAUUUAAUUAAUGCAACUGAGGAUGAAAUUUUAGAAUAUUUCAGUAUUUUGGAUAUACAAUUAAAAUCAUUUUUGGAUCCACCAAUUCAUGAAUUAUUUCAAAGAAAACUUAGAGACAGAACUUUAAUGCAAGAUCCAAAUUUUAAGUGGUGCGUUCAGUGUUCAAGUGGAUUUUACGCAGAUCCAAAUCAAAAACGUUUAACAUGUCCUGAUUGUCGAUCGAUUACGUGCGCUAUUUGCCGAAGACCGUGGGAAAAACAACACGAGGGAAUUAAUUGUAAUCAAUUUGCUGAAUGGAAAGAUAAAAAUGAUCCCGACAAUCAGGAAGCGGGUCUUGCAAAACAUUUAGCAGACAAUGGAAUUGAUUGUCCAAAUUGUAAAUUUAAAUAUUCUUUAUCAAGAGGAGGAUGUAUGCAUUUUACAUGUAAUCAAUGUAAAUAUGAAUUUUGUUGCGGCUGUGGAAAAACAUUUGUAAUGGGAGCAAAAUGUGAUGUCAGUGUAUAUUGUGCAAAAUUAGGUCUUCAUGCACAUCAUCCGCGAAAUUGUUUAUUUUAUCUUCGCGACAAAGAACCUGAACAAUUGCAACAAUUGUUAAAGGAAAGUGGUAUUGAAUUUAAUAUCAAUGGACCAAUAGGCGAACGUAAAUGUAAAGUACAACUUCAAAAGGAAACGCCUACAGAAUUAGUUGACACUACUUGUAAUUCUGAUGUCAUAGAAGGUCAUGCUGGCUUAUGCAGGACUCAUUACAUCGAAUAUUUAGUUCAUCAAAUUCGUUUAUCGCAAGUGGAACCAUUAAAAUUAUUAAAUAUUGACGAUCUUGAGACAUGUAUAUUGCGCGCUGGUAAAAAACUUCCGGCAAAUUGGUAUGGACGCAAUCAAGCUGACUAUGAAAGGGAUUUAUUGGAGACUGUGAAACAAGAAAUACCUUUGGAGUAGUAAUUUGUCAAUUAAAGUAUUAUUAAUGGAAUAUUUCAUCUUAUGAUAAAUGCGACAAAUAUUAAAUAUAGGCAUUUAUUAUUUUCAAUUGAUUUGAUACAAUCAAUU